UUCUUGCGCAAGGAAUAACUUCAUCUGCCAUACGGUUCGUACUACCCAACCCUGUCCCCCACACGUCACCGCCUCCCCUUCGACGAGCCGGCCUCAGCAAUAUUGCCAGUUCAUGCAUGCACAAGAGCAGGUGGAAGCCGGAUCUUUCUCUGCGCGUUUCCGUCGAGUUCUUCGCAACACAUGGCCAACGCUGGGAUCAAUAUACGUCUCUCGAGACCGACCAUCGAACGCUGUGUAUUGGCUAACAAGAUGAGCGAGCAGACCCCCAAUAUUCGAACACACCCCAUCGACCGGUUUAUCACGAGCAACCCGCCCAAUGUUAUAAACUCGCACGCAUCCACAUCGCCUAUAUCGUAUCUUUCGCGGUCACAGUUGGAAGCUGAGCCCCAUCAGCCUGUCCGUCGCAGCGAGGCGCGUCUGCUACCCAAUACAAUCGAGCCUUGGGCGCCGCCGCGGAAAUCUUUAAGGAAGAUGCCCAAGUCGUCAACUCUGUCGCUCGCGAUGCGAACGAAGGGGGGCAAGGACAAUGUCACAUCGCCUCUGAGCCCUCGUAGUCCAGGCUCCCCUAACGCCGUGUAUGGUGCCGACUCGGAGAACUCGGUGACCCCCACUGGCGCGUACCACAACGAAGUUCCAGCUUCGCCCGCGUCACCGAAACUACGGAAGGACUCCAAGAGCAUAUUCUCCAACUUUGGAGCAACGAAAUCUUCGACACGGGUUGCUGCAUCUCCAGAUAACUCAAUCCGACAAGUGCCUGAACAGGAUGGCCGAGGCACAUUCUACACAAACGGCAAGCAAGGUGGAUCUACACCAGAAUUGACCCGUCCUGUCCAGACCUCCAAUUCUGAAGACCAUCGCGCGGACAAUGCAGACACGGCACCGCGAUCCAACAGUGGGUCUGGAAGAUCUCACGACACGCCCGAUCGAAGUCAAGACUCAACCAACCGGACCACCACAAAACCAAAGAAACAAGGCGUGCUCACGAGAUCCAAAUCGAUCAAAGUCGAAGAGACUGCCAGCUCACGCGCUAAACUCAAGGCCAAUCCUCCAAAGAUCUCUCCCGAUCCUGGAAACUGGAGAAAUCCCGACGAUUCUCUACCAUUGAAAACUGCACCUCUAGAGAAAGGCCAGUCGUGGCGCCAAAACAUCGCAUUCGGAAAACUCAGGACUCACUCCGCCGACCGCCAUGAGGGCUCUCGCGACGAAGAUGUCCCCCUACGCAAGGAAAGGGCAGAACAAAGCUCCUUGGCCUCAAACUCCAUGGCCUCACAUUCGAUGGCCUCCAACUCGUAUAACGAGAGUAGGGGUGCAACGUUGAUGUCAAGUCUUGGUUCAGGUGCGAGGAAGAUGGGUGAGAAAAUGGAGACGGCGCGCAAGGGAAUGUUUGGAAAGCUGGGACGCAGCUCCAGCAAUCACGAGAGAGAGCCUCAAAUUCCGAAGGAGCCAUACCAGUUCAAAAUUAUACACCAGCCUUUAGUUGAGCAGACUAGGUUGACAAGAAUCUCCAAUCGUUUGGAGAGCUCCAGAGACAAGACUGAAUUCUGGAUGCCAGCACUGCCCUGGCGCUGUAUAGAUUACCUGAAUAUGAGGGGCUGCGAAGAAGAAGGACUGUAUCGAGUACCAGGAGCUGCCCACACGGUCAAAUAUUAUGAGCAGAAAUUCGAUCAAGACCGCGACAUCGACUUGAUUAGUGACGACAAUCUCAAUGACCCGAAUGUCAUUGGUUCGCUCUUCAAGAAUUGGCUACGGCAACUUCCUGAUGAUAUCUUCCCGAAGGCGACGCAAGCCAGGAUUCAGCAAGAAUGUCAGGGAGCCAAGACUACACCUCAGAUGUUGAAGGACGAGCUGUCGAAACUGCCCCCCUUCAAUUACUAUCUGCUGUUCGCAAUCACCUGCCACAUCAGUCUUCUUCAUUCUUGUUCGGAAUUCAACAAAAUGAACUACAACAACCUCUGUAUCUGUUUCCAACCAGCUAUCAAGAUCGACGCUUUCUGUUUCCAAUUCCUCAUUCUGGACUGGAGAAAUUGCUGGCAGGGUUGCUGGACCGAAAAGGAGUUCCUCGACGAGGAAGUGAGGUUGCUAGAAGUUGCCCAGUUGCAAGCUGAAGCACAAGCACAGGCUCAGGCGCAGGCGCAGGCCGUGCAUCCUCCUUCACGAAAUGGGCACACGCCUGCAAAGGCUAAAGGCUCCCACCUCGGUGACGCAUUCAAGAAAUCAGGCCGAAGCGAUUCAAAGGAUCGAUCCAAAGGAUCGACUCGUGGAGUCUCAGCAGACCGAAGCAUUGCCUCUUCUGGCCGUGCUACUCCUCCUGAGAAGUCUAGUAGCUCGAGGCGAGGAGUUCCAUCUCGUGAACCUUCGACAGAUCGAGCCAUUUCCUCGUCGCAUAGUCGCGAUGUGGCUGUUGAUACGCGGGCAACGCCCCGACGCGCUCCCACCGCGACGCUGGGUCCUGAGAUCGCGGUCGAUGACGAUGAAAGCGCUACACCCACCCAAGCCCAGCAUAAUCGGGCUGAGUCUGAAACGCAGUUUCGACUGGAUCUCAACCAUCCUCCCAGCUCGCCGUUCUCCAUAAAGUUCUGAUGACAGCUGGUUCGACCAACCAGUAGGAGCGAUGUACUAAUACUGAACGUACUUCAUCUGGCGGUGGCUUUUUUUUUCUCUGCUUUUUGCUCAAAAGGAUCUGGAUUUGCAUGUUUCUUACAUGGCCGUUGGCGCGACGUCACGAUACCCCGUUCGGACUUUGUACGAUCGCGUCAACCGCCUUUGCUCUGUUUCAAUUUCGUAUUACAGUACCAGCGGCGGAGUUCUGGCGAGAUAUCUUUGCAUAUUCUGCGCUCUGGCAUUGGGUUUCGGGGCUGGGAAUGGAUGUUCGGUAGGCAUAGCACUCUGUGAGUUGACUUCGGGCAGUUGGAGGCCAGUCGGAGGCCUAUUGUACGAUAAUAUAAUUGGCACGGAUGAUUAAGAAUUUGAUGGACGAGUGAGUGGAGAAACGCUAGUGUGCUUAUAUCUAGGUACCAAGGUUU